GUCAGCUGCAAUCCAAACGGGCCCUCUCAGCAUCAUCGCAGUGACGGAGGUGCUGGUCAGGGCCCCAACAAGGCAGGACUUCCAAACUUCCAUAUACAAACCAUUCUUAUAUUGUUACAUCCUACAUUCCCUCCACGAAUCCUUUCACGCCUCUCAUCCCUGGUAGCCUCGGCGGCUGUUACAUCAAACCACCUAUUCAAUUAUGGCUUCGCUGAAUACCUCGACCAAUGGCCCAUCAAUCCGGUCCAGUUACCAAGGCGUCGUCCAGGCACCCCCUCCAACCGGAGCCGCUGCGAACUCCCCGACUUAUGCGCAGUGGGCAAUCUUCUCUGUAUCUGCGCCUCUCGUAAGUGCCUUUCAGCAGGACUCCGGCUCGAAGGAAAGUGUGUUGAAGGUCCAGGAUACUGGAGAGGGCGAACUUCAAGAUCUCAUCGAGGAUUUCUCAGAGGGCCGGAUACAGUUUGCUUUCGUGAAACUGAAGGACUCGAACUCCGCGUUACCAAAAUCUGUCCUCAUAGGAUGGUGCGGCGAAGGAGUCCCCGAGAGGACAAAGGGCUACUUUACCAGCCAUCUAGCAGCAGUUUCAAAGAUAUUACACGGAUACCAUGUCCAGGUUACGGCACGAUCAGACCGAGACCUUACCCCAGAAGGCAUUAUCCAGAAGGUCGCUGAUGCUUCAGGCUCGAAAUACUCAGCAGGAAGUGCCUCAGCUGCCCCCGAUGCUGCACCAGCUCCAGCGGUUGCGUCGAAGCCCGUAUUCACUCCUACACAGAGCGGCGCCGGUUCGUCCUACAACCCAUUGGGAGGCGCGGCCUCAAGAAAGACUGGCCGAGACAGCAAUGUGGAUGAAGACGGAUGGGGCGCAGAUGCCCCUCAAGUUAGCAGGUCACAGAUCGAAAAAGUGCCAUCGGCUUAUCAACCAACCAAGGUGAACAUGGCCGAACUUACCAAAGAGAAGCAAGACCCUUCGAGAUUCAACAAUGCCCCACAACAGGCCGAUGCCGACUCCGGCGAUGUGGUGAAGGGCGGAUACCAGCCAAUUGGAAAGGUUGACAUUGCCGCAAUCCGCGCCAAGGCUAAGAAGGUCGAGGAUGACCGCCCCACAACCGUUAAAGGCGCCUACGAGCCAGUUGGCAAGGUUGACAUAGCUGCCAUAAGGGCAAAGGCCCAGAAGCCUACCGAUGAGCCUUCGCGCCAUACUCCACCCGCACCUGUGAAGCCAUCUGCUACUACUGAAGAAAGCGAUGAAGCCAAGUCCUUGGCAGACCGCUCCUCCGCCUUCCAGCAGUCGGAGCGUUUGACGUCGCUCCCAAAGCCCAAAGUAGCUAACAAGCUACCUUCAAAUUUUGCAGGCACGAAAGCGCCAACACCAGGAACUUUUGGUUUGCACUCGGCGGUGACUAAUGCUGCUGCUGCCCCCGCCCCAGUCGGCGUCGCAAGUCGAACAUUUGCGGAUGAGGGCGGCAAGACCCCAGCUCAAAUAUGGGCAGAAAAGAAGGCCAAGGAGCGCGGCACUAGCGGCGCAACAGAAACCCAUACCCCUGCUGAGCCUGUUACCAGUCAAUCCAGCGGUGGUGGGGAAUGGAAGAGCGGAUAUAAGGGGAAGUCAUGGGCACCGGUUGCUAUCGCCACCACAACCACUGGCAAAUCGGCAACUAACGACUUGGAUCAGCAACGAACUGGCGAGCAAGAACAUGACCACGCCCGAGACGAAGAGGAGGCGCCAUGGGCUCCGGCUGGAGGCAUUGGCGCACUUAAGGAUAGGUUCAAGGGCGCGGCACCAAUGGGUGUUCCGGCAAAUGAAGAGAGAGAUGCUUCUCCACCACCUGUUCCAUCUGCGGCUAGGCCCACCGGAGGUGUAUCCAUGCCUGGCUUGCCAUGUAGGCCAGCCGCCGCCGAGGAAGACGAAGAUGAUAGGGGCCGCCUCCCCUCGCCGCCACGCGUGGCACGCAGCCCAACACCACCAACCCCUGAACGGGACGAGUCACCUGUGAGAAUUGCCAUGCCCGUCUCGCGAGGCAGCGAACCACAUAUCGAGGCCCCAGAGGAGCGUCAUCACGCACCCUCUAUGCCAGUACGCUCGCUCGAGAAAGAAGUUCCUCGUGAAUCGGAACUGCCAGACGAACCCAAGGGCCAAGAUCCAGCCCGUGCCGCUAGUGCUGCUCUCGCUGGAGCUGCAUUUGGCGGAGCUGCCGUCACCGCAGGCCAGAGCGCCCAACAAGGCGGGAAGCGCGCCAUUGCACAGUACGACUAUGAGAAGGCAGAGGACAACGAGAUUGAGCUGCUGGAAGGCGAAUAUGUCACCGAAAUCGACAUGGUGGAUGAUGAUUGGUGGAUGGGUACAAACUCCAAGGGCGAGAGCGGAUUGUUCCCUAGCAACUACGUUGAGCUAGUCGAGGACGACGAGCCUGCUCCAGCUGCUCCUUCAAGGCCAUCCGCUCCUAAGGAGACAAAGGCACCAGCUGCGCCAGCUGCACCUGCGGCUCCAGAGCCAACUAGCUCAGGACCUACUGCCACUGCCAUUUACGAUUAUGAGGCUGCCGAGGACAACGAGUUGAGCUUCAAAGAGGAUGCUAAGAUUACGGACUUGGAAUUUCCCGAUGAAGAUUGGUGGUUUGGCCACCUUAACGGGAAGUCCGGACUUUUCCCUUCAAACUAUGUACAGCUUGACGAGAAGUGAAAGAUCCUGUUUGAGUCGGUGUAGCUGGCCAAAAAGAUUCUAUAGAUCCAUUUUGUCAUUAUCCACUGGAAAAGUGUUUACUGGAUUUGCACGUGAUAAUGCCUAUAUUUAUUGGACAAAGUUAUAUAACUGCUAUCCUAUGCGAGAUUGAUGGCUAUUGUAUGUAUAUUUUUUAUGGAUAUUCCGUAGUCGUCCCAGGUAUAUCCAGUGUAUUAGAUAGUAUUAUACGGCCCGUCUGUAAGGUGGUCGGUGCGAACACCGACGAUUAGGCCAUACCUUAUUCCGGCCUGCAUGUAGAAGCUUUAAGAUGCUCUUAUGCAAUAAUGCCAAACACUUCUGCUUUUUAAAUAACGUAUCGAGGGUUCCGGUUACUACUCCGUUUAUCGCUCUGUUGAUAUAGCUUAUUAUUUAUAGUCCAGACUGCGGACCUCACAGUGGUGACCUACGCAGGGAAGUCUCCCAUCAGCACUCACAGUUUGAACCCCGGCCAUUGCGUGUUUUUCUACUCGCUUAAAGAUUAUUAUGCCCACUGUUCGGCUAGAGAGAGCCGCUUCCUGUUCUGUUCUGUUGUGCGUGACCAGAAACCCUCAGUUGUUCCUCAUGAUCCUUGGGUCAUUUAUGUUCCGCGGGGGAUUCGGGGGUUGAGUGUUGAGUAAAAUAAAUGGCUAUACUCCGUACGCGCACACGGGUGUGGAUUCAUGAACGGUAGAGUAACUCGUCGGUCCGUCCGAGUUUUCACGUGACGCAGUUUUACUAAACCGGGAACACAAGGACUUGGCGGCUAGGAGGCAACCUGCCGGAUGUUCGAUCGCGAAACCUUGCAAACUGUCCAGC